AUGAAUUACGGCAAAUUAGUCCCCUCGGAGUCCUUCCGCAGCGGCGCCGCCGCCUCCGGCAUUCCCGCACCCCCUCAGGAACGCCCACGGCGGCGGCGCUACCUCCUCCUGGCCUCCCUCGGCGCCGUCCUCCUCCUACUCGUCGGCGGCGGGGCCGCCUCCCUGGGAAUCCUCCUCGCUGCCAGACGCUCGAGGAGCGAGGAGCUUACCAAGCCCAGCGAGGCCAUCUCGAGAACCUGCGCCAUGACCCGCUACCCGGCACUCUGCAUCUCCUCCCUCGUCAACUUCCCCGGCGCCAUGGCCGUCCCCCAGAACGAGCUCGUCCACGUCGCCGUGAACGUGACGCUGCGGCACGUCGGCAGGGCGUUCUACCGCGCCGCCGCCAUCGCCAACCUGCAGAUGGAGAAGCUCGAACGGGCGGCGUACGAGGACUGCAUGGAGCUGAUGGAAGACUCCGUCGACCAGCUCCGCCGCUCCCUCGCCGCCAUCGCUGCCGGCCGGAGGGGGCCUUCGGCGGCGGACGCCGACGUGCGGACGUGGCUGAGCGCCGCGCUGACGAACCAGGACACCUGCGCGGAGGGGCUCGCCGGCGUCGCCGCCGGACCAUUGAAGGACCAGCUGGCGGCGUACCUCGAAGAUCUCUGGGAGAUGGCGAGCAACAGCCUCGCCAUAUUCGCGGGCUCCAGCGGAGGGGACGACUUCUCCGAGAUCCCCAUCCAGAACCGCCGGCGGCGGCUGAUGGGCGACGCUCCGUUUCCGGCGUGGGUCACGGGGAAAGACAGGAGCUUGCUGGAGACGCCGGCGGUGGCGAUAGAGGCGGACUUAGUGGUGGCGCAGGACGGGAGCGGGAGGUACGAGACGAUUCAGCAGGCGGUGAAGGCGGCGCCGGAGCACAGUACCCGCCGCAUCAUCAUCCACAUCAAGGCUGGAAGGUGAGAGAUCCUCUCUGGAUUGUCUUGCCGAAGCUCUUCCUCCUCCUCAUCGCAACUCGCCGCGCAGAUACGAGGAGAACGUGAAGGUGGGGAGGAAGAAGACGAACCUGAUGUUCAUCGGCGACGGCAGGGGAAAGACCAUCGUCUCCGGCAACCUCAGUGUCUCCGACCGCCUCACCACUUUCCACACCGCCACCUUCGGUAAGACAAGAGAAGAAAGAAGAAAGAUAGAGAAUUAAGGAACGACGGCGCGAAGAUGAUUCAUUUCUUCCUUUCUGGUUGAUCGCAGCGGCGAUGGGGACGGGGUUCGUGGCGAGGGACAUGACUUUCGAGAACACGGCGGGGCCGGCGAAGCACCAGGCGGUGGCGCUACGCGUCGGCGCCGACCGCGCCGUCGUCUACCGCUGCGACGUGCUGGGCUACCAGGACACACUCUACGUGCACUCGCAGCGGCAGUUCUACCGCGACUGCGCCGUCGCCGGCACCGUCGACUUCGUCUUCGGCAACGCCGCCGUGGUGCUGCAGAACUGCACCCUCUACGCCCGCCGGCCGCUGGAGAAACAAAAGAACACCAUCACCGCCCAGGGCCGGAAGGACCCCAACCAGAACACCGGCAUCUCCAUCCACGUCUCCCGGGUCCUUCCCUCGCCGGAACUCGCGGCGGCGGAGAAGGAGGAGGGGCGCCACCACCGCCGCUACCCCACCUUCCUCGGCCGGCCCUGGAAGGCCUACUCCCGCACCGUCUUCAUGCUCUCCCACAUCGCCGGCCACGUCCACCCCGCCGGCUGGCUCGAGUGGGACGGCGACUUCGCCGUCGAUACUCUGUACUACGGCGAGUACAGGAACUCCGGCGACGGCGCCGCCGUGGGGCUGCGGGUCAACUGGCCGGGCUACCGCGUCAUCGCCAUGGAGGAGGAAGCAGCGAAGUUCACCGUCCGUCGGUUCAUCCACGGCACCUCCUGGCUGCCCUCCACCGGCGUCGCCUUCCUCUCCGGCCUGACCCCGUAG